AUGGAAAACACUAAUCCUAACAUAACCGCACGGACAAAGAAGGUGACCAAUAAGAUGAGUAAUAUUGCGGGAUUGCACCUGUGUGAUGGUUGUAGGAAAGUAAAUGAAGAAAGAAUAAAAACACUGACUAAUUAUGAGGAGGAAGGAUUGCUUGUUGGAAGAAAACAGUUGGAAGAAAAAAUGGCAAAUGAAGUCAGAUGUCUAACUCAGAUGAUGGAAAAAGUCACAUUUAGAGAAGAGAUGCUAAAAGAACAGAUGAGGGAACAAACUAACUUGAAGAAUAGUCUCAAUGAGGUAAAAAAUCAGGUAGCCAAGGAAGAGGAAAUGACAAAAAAGUGGAAUGAAGUAGUUAAAGGUAAUAUUGAGAGUUUGACAACAAAUGUCAAGGAAAUACAUUCAUCGGUGCUGGACACAAAAAAUCAUCUGGAUGUUGCUAAUGAAAGAGAUAUCCGUCGAAACAAUUUAGUCAUUUUCAACAUACCAGAAAAUGAAAGUUUUUCUUGGAAAGCUGAUAAAGAGAAAGUGCUUCAGUUGUUGAAGGAGAUAACUGAUGAAAACUUGGAGAAGGAGGUUUCAAAUGUAUUCAGACUUGGUAAAAGGGUGAAUGAUCAAAAGCCAAGGCCUAUUUUAAUUAAAUUAUUGAAUUUAACUACUAAAAACCUGAUACUAGAAAACUGUUUCAAACUGAGGAGGAGUAAAUCAUUCAAUGGAGUCUACAUUAAUCAUGACCUUAUUAAAUUAGAUAGAGAUAUUUGUAAACAGCUUCUCGAUGAUAAAAAGAAGAAAAUUGCAGAAAAGGACGACAUUAAUAACUGGAUAUUUAAGGUAAAAAGACAACCAGAAUUGAACCUAUUUUUAGAGUCAUCGGAUUUAAAGUAUGAUUUAAUAGUUAUAAAUGAAGUAAAGCCUAAAAAUGUUAAAAACUCUUCAUGGAACAUUAACGAAUUUAAUUUGCCUGGAUAUAGUUACCUGGUUUCAAAUUUCUGCAAAGCAAGUUAUCGAGGUAUUAUGUUAUAUUACAAAAUCAAUUUGCAGCUGUUUAGUGUUCAACUGGAUUCCAAAUUUGAUGAAUAUUUGUGUGCCAGGAUUAAC